AUGGCCUCAACGUCUGACCUGCCGAGGAAGCUCUGGGAGCAUCCUAGCCCACAGUCUACUCAGAUGUGGGCGUUCAAAUCGGAGUUGGAGAAAGAGAAAGGACUUCAGCUUCCAGACUACCACUCUCUCUUUCGGUGGUCAACGGAUAAUCGUGCAUCCUUUUGGGACUUUUGCUGGAGAUACUUUCCCAUCAUAUCAGAAGGCACCUACAGAACUGUUGUCGAUGAAUCAGCCCGCAUUGACAGCAUCCCCACCUGGUUUGAGGGCGUGCGACUCAACUUUGCCGAGAAUAUACUGUUUUCGGCGGAGAGGUCAAGCUCGGGGCAUCUACAGAUUACAACGAAAGGCAAGGAGGACAACAAAGUUGCUCUAACAGAAAUCAGGGAGGGAGGGGGGGAACCAUCUUCCAACAUUACAUGGGCCGAGUUGAGACGCAAGACAGGAGGAAUGGUGCAAGCACUCAAAGCAGCCGGCGUCGUUAAGGGAGAUCGAGUCGCCGCUGUAGCAAGUAACAGCGUCGAUACACUUGUCGUUUUCCUGGCAACAACGGCUCUCGGAGCGUGGUUCUCGUCAACGUCCACUGACACGGGCGUCAAGGGAAUCCUCGAUCGUCUGCUCCAGUUGAAGCCAAAGUACGUCUUUGUUGACGAUUUCGCAAUCUACAAUGGGAAGCGGAUUGAUCUUCGGCCAAAAAUCAAGGACAUUGUCGAUGGUCUCCGGGAAGUUCCUGAAUUUGAAGGCAUCAUCGCGGUGCCACGGUUCCCAGGCCAGCCAGUCGAUGUGACAAACGUGCCCAAAACCGAACCCGUUGCAGCCUUUCUUGCGAGGGCUCCGUCAGACAAGCUCGAGUUUGUCAGGGUUGGGUUUCGGGAUCCGUUCCUAGUUGUGUACUCAUCAGGUACAACUGGCAAACCCAAGCCCAUCGUUCACGGAGUAGGCGGUGUCAUACUCAACACUUACAAGGAGGCUCGGCUGCACCGUGAUCACGGACCAGAUUCGACGGUUUUGCAAUACACCACCACCGGGUGGAUCAUGUAUCUGUCUGCCAUAUCAGGACUAAUGUUCGGCGGCAAAGCCAUCUUGUACGAUGGAAGUCCUUUCCUACCGGACGCCAAGUUCCUCAUCGGGCUAUUGGGCAAGCAUAAAGUGACUCAUUUCGGAACAUCACCGCGCUAUCUCCAUGAGCUCCGGAAGAACAGCAUACGACCAAGAGACAUUGCAGAUCUCAGGGCACUCCGCAUCGUCACGAGCACCGGCAUGGUCCUUUCAGAAUCCUUAUUUGAAUGGUUCUACGACGAGGGUUUCCCAUCCCAUACCCAGUUGGCGAAUAUCUCCGGUGGCACCGAUCUCGCGGCCUGCUUUGGCUUGGAGAAUCCGCUUACUCCUCUAUAUGUGGGCGGGUGCCAAGGUCCAGCUCUGGGUAUUCCUAUCGCAGUAUUCGAUCAGGCGGAUGAGGGUGCUACCGCCGUCAAAGGCACUGCCGUUCCGGAUGGCGUUCCAGGAGAGUUGGUAGCCACCGCAGCAUUUCCAACUAUGCCAGUCAAAUUCUUGGGCGAUGACGGGCCACAGAAGUACUUUGACUCCUACUUUGCUCGGUUUGACAAUGUGUGGACCCACGGCGACUUCAUCUGCAUCCACCCUAUCACAAAGCAAAUUCUCUUCCUGGGCAGAUCAGACGGUGUCCUCAACCCCUCAGGCGUCCGCUUCGGAUCCGCCGAGAUCUACAACGUAAUCGACACGCAAUUCUCUACCGAGAUUGCGGAUUCGAUCUGCGUCGGCCAGCGACGGCCAACCGACGCCGACGAAUCUGUCAUGCUCUUCCUGUUAAUGCGGCCAGGAUACCAAUUCACGCCGCAGCUUGUCUCUAGAGUGAAAGAGGCAAUCAGGAAGGCAUUGAGUGCCCGGCAUGUGCCGAAGUAUGUCUUCCAGACGCCUGAGAUUCCGACAACGGUGAAUCUGAAGAAGGUAGAAUUACCCGUAAAGCAGAUCGUAUCUGGCAAGAAGAUCAAACCAUCGGGUACUCUGCUCAACCCGCAGAGCCUAGAUUACUAUUACCAGUUUGUGGAGGUUGAAAAGCUGGUCGAUGUCAAGAGCAAGCUGUAG